GCUGCCGGCCGAGCUCCCUCCCGCACCCCCUGUUUCGCUGCGCUGCCGGCGGCUCCCCGGCUCAGCAGCUGGACGCGGCAGCCGGGACGUUACCACCGCUGCCGCCAGAGGGGACAGUGGCUGAGCUAUGGGGCCAGCCGCCUCCUGACCACACCAUGGAGCCCUAACGAAGGCGUCUGCCCCUCCCCUCCCGGGGGAUUACCGCGAGGAUGGGAUGGAUUUAGGAAGCGACGCGUGCAGCAGCCGCUCCAGCUCCGAGUCCAGCUCCAGCAAAGUCACCCCUUGCUCGGAGUGCAAAUCCUCCCCCUCCCCCAGCAGCCUGGACUUGGCGGCCCUGGAGGACUCGGAGGAGGAGGAGGAUUACCUGGGGUACGGAAGGAAGGGCACUGCCGCGUGGGAGGAGGACGGGCUCAGCACCGCCGGCUGCGAUGCCAAGGCUGCCAAGCGAAGGAGUUUGGCGGAGGAGCUGGAGGAUGUGAGACGCACCAGCGCCUCCAACACCAUGCCGCCCCCCGCCCCCAACGGCAACCCCCCGCCCCAGGACCUCCGGCAGAACGGCAACGUGGUGCCCCCCAGCCGCAGGACGGGACACCGCGGGGCAGGAGGGCGCAAAGCCCAUCCCCAGAAAGCCCAGCCGGCUAUGGGGAGGCUCCGCGGUGGAGGGGGGGUCGCCCCCGGGCACCCCUUGGACAGCUCCGCGGGGGGCACUUGGCUGAAAGAGCAGGACCCUCAGCUCCCGACUAUGGACUGGGAGGCUUUGGAGAAACACCUGGCAGGGUUACAGUUUCGGGAACAGGAGGUACGAAACCAGAGCCAGAAAACAAACUACACCUCAGCUCAGAAAAAUGAGAGAGAGUCUAUCAGGCAGAAAUUGGCACUUGGAAGUUUCUUUGAUGAUGGCCCAGGAAUUUAUACCAGCUGUAGCAAAAGUGGCAAGCCAAGCCUUUCUUCUCGGCUACAAAGUGGGAUGAACCUGCAGAUUUGUUUUGUAAAUGACAGUGGUAGUGACAAGGAUAGCGAUGCCGAUGACAGCAAGACUGAAACAAGCUUGGAUACACCUUUGUCUCCAAUGAGCAAGCAAAGCUCCUCCUACUCUGAUAGAGACACUACUGAAGAGGAAUCCGAAUCCCUAGAUGACAUGGAUUUUCUCACUAGACAAAAGAAACUGCAAGCUGAAGCCAAAAUGGCUUUGGCUAUGGCAAAACCAAUGGCCAAAAUGCAAGUGGAGGUGGAAAAGCAGAACAGGAAAAAAUCCCCCGUAGCUGAUCUUCUGCCACAUAUGCCUCAUAUAAGUGAAUGCUUGAUGAAAAGAAGUUUAAAACCCACUGACCUGAGAGAUAUGACUAUUGGGCAGCUACAAGUGAUAGUCAAUGAUCUCCACUCACAAAUAGAAAGCUUGAAUGAAGAAUUGGUGCAGCUGCUUCUUAUUCGAGAUGAAUUGCACACAGAGCAGGAUGCAAUGCUGGUAGACAUUGAAGACUUGACCAGACAUGCUGAAAGUCAGCAGAAGCACAUGGCAGAGAAAAUGCCAGCAAAAUAAAGCAAGAAGCCAUCAGAAUACGCUAGCAUUUAUUUUGCUUCUGUGGUUGUACAAAUGCUGAUGCUCAAGGUGGCGCACAAGAAAAUGAGUGUUAGUCAUUGAUAAUGUCUGAAGCUUUAUGUCCAGUGAUUGGCCUCUGCUCCUUAAUUUAUUUUAAUUUUUUAUUUGUGCCACUAAAUAUCAGGCAUUUUAAUAAUAUUAUUACAAAAAUGUACAGUACUUAUAACAUUACAAACCAUGGAUAAGAAAAAAAGGUAGUUUACCUUUAUUUUUGUUUGUUUAGAGAUUUUAAGUUGAACAGUAUUUUACCAUUGACUACUUUUUAUUCUUCACUGUAGUUUUAAACAAAGAAACUGUAAUUGACGGUGCUAUACAAGUAAAAAGAAAAAAAAAAAAAUGCCUGCCUCAUAGUGAAAUUGUAGCGUUCAGUAAUAUGUAUAUUUUAAUCAGUUUUCAACAUUUUGUGAAUGUUGACUACCUGACAUUCAUUUUUAAAUGUGCUAUUAACAUUCAGUUGGAUUCAGAGAGUUACCUUGAAAGUUUUAUGUAUAAAUAUGUAAAAUAAAAUUUAAAAUUUUGUUUCAUAUGAUGUCUUUUUGUUGACUAGUGGUUGACUUAGGUGUUGCACCAGUAAUAUAUUCAUCCUACUAAAUGUGCAAUUCCUAAUUUCUCAUCACCAGAAAGAGCUUUUUUUGCAUAUUGCAUUUUACAAAAAAAAAAAAAAGAGAGAGAGAGAGAAAGGAGACAAGACCAGAUUUUUGUAGAUCUAUUUAUUUGUAAGUUCAUAAAGUAUAUGUGACAUGGACUUAGGAUAUUCUUAUAUAUAGUAUUCACUGGGAAUCCUAAUAUCAUGACUGUUGUUAGAAUCAGCAGGCACAUACAGUAGAUGUUUUUAUAUUUUAAUGUCUGUGGCUAAAUAUUCAAAUAACUCACCAACUGUCAAAAAUAUAAAUGUGUCAAAAUCUUAACACACUAAAUGUAUCAUGUAUGGUAAUUAACCACUUCACUACCUUUUGGCUGAGAUCACAGUGUCUUCACUUCGCUUCUCGGCUCUCUGAGCUGUGGCGCAAACCUAGUAUCUGCUACAUUUGUCUGGGCACCAAGGACUGACUAGAUAACCAAAUAAUUCUCUUCAGUCUUUGAUUUCUUUGAUUUCAUGCUGACAUACCAGGUCAACCUAUCUUUUCCUAGUACUAGAUAGCUGUAGCCAGCAGCUGAAAUAUACAUUAUGCAAAACAGGUUAUCUUUUACAUUUUGCUUUAUUUUUUCUCUGAGGUGUGACAAAUUUAUCUUGAGCAAGGUUAUGGCUAACGAAUUAUUCAGGAUGCUUUAACAGAGCCAUAUGUUACAUUAAAAUUUCACCUCACAUGAAGAAUGUAUUUUAUAAAAUUAUUUAUUUACAUUUGUUUUGUAUCAGCAAUUAUGCAGUCCAUAAAUGAGGCACAAAAACGCUGCGGAGUUUGGUAGUUUUUUUUUUUUUAACAGAGCUCUACUAUGUUGUAAGAAACUUCUCUUUGUGGCAUAGGUGUAGUCUUCACGUGCCAGAUGGCAUUUGCUUUAGUAGGGAGUAGAUGGAUCACACUUUCUAGCACUGAUGUACAUUCUGUAUUUUAUUAUUAGAAAAUAUUUGCUGCUCUGCAGCUUUUCAAGAGGGAAGUGUUCACAGUUUUUCCUUUAAGUCUGGCAGGAAGAAUGUCAUUGCUCUGAAUUUGCCACUACAGUUUUGUACUAAGUUGAAGUUAGCACAGGGGUUCUCAAACUAAUCUGCGGAUCCCUUCAGGAGGCAUGUCAUGCUAGUGAAGCAUCUGUCAGUUUCCAGUUGGUGAUGUUCCCUGAUGUUUGUAGUCCUGUCCAGGACUUUAUUUUUAAACUGAAUAAAUGAAGCACACAUGGCUGCAUCAGGAUGCUCUCUGUCUGGUGUUGCUCUGGGUUCAAAUAUAGAGAUGACACCUAAAGUGGAGAGAUAGUAAACACACAGGCAGAUAUGACCAGAGUGCAGAUGAAAGCAGGUGCGGAAAGGCACCAAGGAGAGAUUUAGUACUACUAAGCGGAGGGUGGGAUUUUCAGAAGUGCUCAGUGUUGAUAUAACUGCUCCCACUAACUUCAGUGGAGCAGUUAGGCUAGCACUGUGUGCUUUUGAAAAUCCCACCUGUAAACUCCUUCUGUGCAUCCAGAGAUAGGGAGUAAAUAGCACAUGAAAAAAAUGUGGGAGUGUACUAAGAAGUUGAUUUUCAUUCUGUCUCCUUAAUACUGUUCUGAGACUAGUUUUGCAAGUAACCAAAACUUGAAUUGGGAUUAGGAAAUUGGAAGGGGGAAGUGUCCAGGAAAGAGCUCAUCUCUAUUUUAAGAAGUGAUCCAUAGCAUGUACAGAGUUUGAGAACCGCUGAGCUAGCCUAUAGAAUACAUAUAAAACAGGAAUGUAAAAUUAAGAUUAUUUAUUUUGCUUUCUUCGAAUCUAUGCAGAAAAAAUAUUUUGGAUGUUAUUUCCCUGUAUCUCUUGGUUGUCUUGACAUUGUGUGCGCACUGUGGUUUCAACUAUUUUUAUAUUUCUGCUUUGUAAAGUUCCAUGUCUUCAGUGCUCUAAGGCCAAAACUGUCAAAUUUGGAGACCAGAAUUAGGCACAUAAAUGUAGAUACCUAUUUAUGUGGCCUGUUUUUCAGAAGUGUUGAGCACCUGCAGUUUCUGUUAAAGACAUUGGAGUUGUUGAUGCUCAGCAUUUCUGAAAAUCGGGCCAUUUAUUUGUGUGCCUAACUGUGGAUUUGUCUUGGAGGCCCCAAAUUUGAAAACUUUGGGCUAAGCUAAAUAAAAUAAAAUAAAAUCCUGGUAUGCUCUAGGUGUGUGUGAUAACAUACAGUAAUAAAGUUACAAUAGUAACACCUCUCUCACAUACCUUCAUCUCUGAUAAAGACUUUCAGAUUAUAGAACACUACUGAGAUGCUAUAAUAAAUGAAUAUGUGCAAUGGAGACAAAUAUGUCUCAUGAAUAGUGUCAUUGGAUGAACCUCAAGGCCCAACUGAACAUGUCUGGCAGUUCGACUGCAAGUGCUGCUGUGUUCUAUGAGAAGCUGUACCUUCAGUCAUUAUGUAUUGAUUUAUUAUAAAGAAUUAAUUUCCUGCUAAGUAUAGCACUGAAGAUUUAAUGGGGUCCCUUCCUGCAAUAUGCAGACACAAAUCCUAUUAAAAAUAAUUGGAGUCCCAAGCCUGUAUCAAAGCAAGAAUAUAUCCCUAAAAGUGAUUUGCUGUUCAAUCCAUUUGUUAGAGAACAGUGAACACCCACAACAGUGGUUAGACCCAAAUGCUCCAUAAAGGGACAGUUUUUCCAUGAAGUACUAGAAAAUACAUUAUUAGAAGCAAUCCUGGCCCUUGCACGUGAAUGAAUAGAUAAGUCAAUAGGCCUUUUUCAUCUCUGAUUCACCCCAUCCCUGCAAAGAGCAUCAGUCUUCUUGGCUUUCAAAGGUGCAAAGUUCUAUGCUCUGUGUUCAGGCUCAGAUCUUCCUGUCUGAAUGAGUCCCUCUCCCCAUUCUCACCCAGAAUUGGGGCAUGGGGAAGAUAGCUGCAGAUAUGGCACAAUCUUUGGUCUGCACAAAGAGCCCUUUGUGGAAACAGGGAUUCAUGUAGAGGGUGGGAGUGCCAGAUGCAUCCACCCUCUCCCACCAAAUGGCAGGAAAUGGGCUCAAAAGUUAAUACAGCCAAAGGCUGCAAAUCUCCUACAAUGGUUGUUCCAAGGAUAUGAAAGUAUGGGCUGUGUCUGUCAGCAUAUGAAGCCACGCUAUCUAGGGACAGGAUGAGGGGGCCCUAAACCUGAAGUUAUGGAAAGGCCUUUGCAUGGUUGGCUAUGACAUCCAGUCAGCCACUAGAGAUCACAGAUUCUGGCAGUCAGUCACCAUCCCCAACCUCCAUUUAUUCUGCUGGUCAACAAAUCCUGCCCCCAUCUCCUAAACCCGAUAAUCUUGGGAAAGUGCAAGGUAGCCUUUGUGAUGUUUCCCACAUUUCCCCCACACACCUCAGUUCCCGCUGCAGGUUUUUAAAAGAAGGGGCAGCCAGAUCUGAGUUAUUUUUUUGCUCAAUGCUCACUUAGAAAAUCCCCCUUGACUACAGAAAAGGGACAAAUUCAGCCCUCAUAUGCUUGCCUGCAUGUAGCUCCCAUUAAAUACACACAAUCCAUACCACUCAUGAAUCCAAGGGGAGGAUUUGGAAAACAUCUAAAGAGCCUUCCUCCAAAUAUGUGGUCCAGCAUAGCAAUCAGGACUGCAAUAGAUAAUUUAACUUGUACAGCUCUGCACAACAGCCAUUCAUUUAACAGCACAGCAUGGCCAAGCAUGCAGGCAUCUGCUCCAUUUUAUUUGUUUUGGUUCAUUGCUGUGAAAUAAUUGGGACAGAGGUGAGCAAUAGGCCCAUCAUGAAUGAGGAAUAAUGCAUUGUUUCAGGCAAGCAAAGAAUCACCAGUCCCAGGCCCAAUGGUAUAUAAGCAACUGAGUGCAGCAGUUGGCUCAUAUUUAUGAUCCAGCGAGCUAGGGCCUGAUUCUCUUCUCAUUUUCUCUGGUAUAAAUCUGGGAUAAUGCCAUUGAGAUCAGUGCCAAACAGACACAAGUGAGAGGAGAACUGGGCCAUGACCAUACAGUCCAAAUGCCAGGAAACCUUUGCCAGUGCUGUCAGAGCAGACAACAGUUGUGGCAAGAUACAUUUGCUUCUAUCCAAAUGGCUUGUGGGACACUAAAGACUUAUAACACCGCCUGCAUAUUAAGGGCCAUUUUCUGAUCUCAGACAUACCCUACUCUCCAUUAGUUUCUAUGGAGUUAUGCUGUCUUUACAGUGAGGGAGGAGAGAUCAGAAUCUGGCCUUUGGUCCUCUCUAGAUUUCAGGGCACUUGAGACAGGAAGCCUAGACAAAUUGGAGUUUGUUAACAUGAUAAGUGCCUUUAACUUGAUAAUGAAAAGUAGUGACAUGUUUAGUCAAUUAACCUGCUGUUUAUUGUAACCAAUAUUUUUCCUGUUACAUCUUUAGAAGUUUGUUUCUUUUUUCUUUUUU